AAUCCUGGGCUGCGCAAAGAGGGGAAGGCUUGGGUGUGACAGCAGGGACCAGGCCUGGCCUGGCCUGGCCUGGCAAGAUGGGACUGGAGUCCUGCCUCUGAGCCACCCAUUGCCACCCAUACUGGGGAAGGAGACAGGAUGCCUGGUUUUCUCACAGUAGGUGGGGGCAGGGGCCUCCCUCCGGGGACGUCACCCAUUAAACUUCCUCUCUCAGCCACACAGGAAGCUGAGCCUCCUCAGGGCCCAGCCCUGAGCAAGCAUAGGCCCCAGGACCCCUGGGGAAAGGGCCUCACUGACCAGCCCUGCAGGGACCAUGGAAUCCAGAGCUGAAGGGGGUCCUCCUGCCAUGUUUGAUUGGUUCUUCGAAGCAGCCUGCCCUUCCUCUCUACAGGAGGAUCCCCCCAUCCUGCGGCAGUUCCCCCCAGACUUCAGGGACCAGGAAGCUAUGCAGAUGGUGCCUAAAUUCUGCUUCCCUUUUGAUGUGGAAAGGGAACCUCCCAGACAUGCAGUACAGCAUUUCACCUUCGCCCUCACAGACCUGACCGGCACCCGUAGAUUUGGUUUCUGCCGUCUACGGGCUGGUGCCCACAGUUGUCUUUGCAUCCUCAGCCACCUGCCCUGGUUUGAGGUGUUUUACAAGCUGCUGAACACAGUAGGGGAUCUCCUGGCCCAGGACCAAGUCUCAGAGGUCGAGGAACUUCUAAGUCGGCUGCAGCAGACCCUGCCAGAGACCCAGACCUCCGUGGAGCUGGGCAGUGGAGUGAUGGUCUCCAGUACGCCCAGCAUCCUGCCCGCUGCCCCCGAGGACAUUAGGCCGCUUUCCUGCUUCGUCGCCCCUGACUCCGGCCGCCUGCCAUCCAUUCCUGAGAACAGGAACCUAACAGAGCUGGUGGUGGCAGUGACCGACGAGAACAUCGUGGGGCUGUUCGCGGCGCUCCUGGCGGAGCGAAGAGUCCUGCUCUCCGCCAGCAAGCUGAGCACCCUGACCUCAUGCGUCCACGCGUCCUGCGCCCUGCUGUACCCUAUGCGAUGGGAGCAUGUGCUGAUCCCCACGCUGCCACCGCACCUGCUGGACUACUGCUGUGCUCCCAUGCCCUACCUCAUCGGAGUCCACUCCAGUCUCACCGAGAGAGUGCUGGAGAAAGGCCUGGAGGACGUCGUGAUGAUCGACGUGGACGCCAAUAUCUUAGAGACGCCCUUCGACGACGUGCAGGCGCUGCCCCCAGACGUGGUGUCCCUGCUGAGGCUGCGGCUCAGGAAGGUCGCGCUGGCCCCGGGAGAAGGGGUGUCCCGUCUUUUCCUCAAAGCCCAGGCGCUGCUCUUUGGGGGGUACCGCGACGCCCUGGUCUGCAGCCCGGGUGAGCCUGUGACCUUCAGCGAAGAAGCAUUCUUAGCCCAGAAGCCUGGAUCCGCCCUGCAAGACUUCCACCAGCGGGCUGUGCACCUGCAGCUGUUCAAACAGUUCAUUGAAGGCCGGCUGCAGAAGCUUAACACAGGAGAGGGCUUCUCAGAUCUCUUUGAGCAGGAGAUUACCUGCAGCGGGGCCUCCUCAGGCACCCUUCGCUCCUACCAGCUCUGGGCAGACAACCUAAAGAAAGGUGGUGGUGCCCUCCUGCAUUCCGUCAAGGCCAAGACCCAACCGGCCGUCAGAAACAUGUACCGCUCGGCCAAGAGUGGCUUGAAGGGAGUGCAGAGCCUCCUGAUGUACAAGGAUAAGGAUUCGGGCCUGCAGAGGGGAGGCUCCAUGAGGGCUUUGUCCCUCACCAGCCGCUCAGAUCACCUGCAGCAGCGCCUGCCAAUAACCCACCACUUUGGACAGUCCCCUGACUCUGUAGCUCCUGGGGCCCCACCCCUCCAAACCUAUCCUUCGCAGAACCGGCCCCUUCGCCCCAGCAGGAAACUCAGGCUAGAAGAGAGAUCUUCUGAGUCCCUGCAGGAAAGGACACCCCCACUGAGCCCUGAGAAUGCCCAGGAUUCAUGGGCAGAGGAAGCUCUGGACAGCAGCUUCCUGGGGUCUGGGGAAGAACUGGAUCUGUUGGGUGAGAUUCUGGACAGUCUGAGCAUGGGACCCACCAGGGCGAGCAGCCUGCGGCCCAGCCACAGCCUAGACUGCUGCCACAGAGGGGACCUGGACAGCUGCCUCAGCCUGCCCAAUUUACCAGAAAGACCAAGAUGGCAGCUAGAUGAGGAGGACACCUCAUGUGAGCACCAGCCCCAGUCCCUGCCUGCCCGCCUGCCCUCUCCGCAACCCCCCCAACCUCUGGAUACCACGAGCUCCUCGGAGAACCUCGCUCCCCAGCCCCUCUCAGAGGCCAGCCAAGAAAUCACUUCUUCAUCCAGGUCUUUAACAGCUUCUGCAGACUCAAGCAGCAGAGAGGACUUCAAGCCCUCCCUCACAGAACCUCCUCAUCAAAUCCUACACCUCUCCACUCUCUGCAAGGCAGCUGGAGAGCCCAGAGCUGAGGAGAGCCCCCGCUCCCAGCUCCACACAGCACCCACCCAGCCCAGCCCUCCAGAGAGCCCCCAACCUCUGGUCCCCACCAAGCACAGCUCAGAUAUCACCUGGAUCUCUCAACCCCUUGACUCUUCCUCCGAUCCCAGUUCCCCAGAAAACCCCAGAGCCCAGCUUUCCGAGGGCCUGCGAACAGAGUGUUCUCACCUUCAGCCCCCCGAGGAGCCAGGAGCUCCCAGACCCCCUGCCAGCAACUGUCAGGAGCCCCAGGCCAGAAGUGGGCCCAGAGUUUCUGAGCUUAAAAAGUGUUUUGAAGGUUAA